AUGCGGUAUACACUAGUCUUGACUACUCUUCUUUCUCUUUGCUUGCCCUUCACCAUUGCGGCAGACCCUCGUUACUGCCAGGGAAAGACGACUCUUGCCAGCAAAGACUUCACCCUCAAAGAAUCUGCAGACAAUGCUCACCUACCUGUGCUCGCAAAGUACUUCAAGUCAAAGGGUAAAACUGCGAGCGUCACUGCGGUUCUUCAAUCAGCGAAUCGUGCCUUAAGCAAAGGUUCGCCUUCUGUCGGCAAUGGGUCUCCUGCCGAAGCAUGGGCUUGGAACUCGGGCGAUGACAACACGAAGAAGUGGGUUCCGCAAGGAAUCACCAGCUCUGCUGAUGCUUUCGGAAAGGGGACCUGGAAUGACCACGAGGCGUGGAUCGUCAGUUGGUAUGAAAAGGGAGAAAGCGUACGGCUCAGCUUUGUUGAUCGCAAAACACACAAGUAUCGCCAUGUGAUGCUCGUGUAUCCUACUGCCGACGACGACUUCAAACCCAUCAGUAUUCAUGCGGGUGGCAUCAUGUGGUAUGGAAACGUACUGUAUGUUGUCGAUACCAAUAAUGGUAUUCGUGCAUUUGAUUUGGACAAUAUCUGGGAGGUCGAGAUUGCAGACGGUGUCGGAAAAACCAAAGACGGAAAGGGGUAUUCUGCGGAUGGGUACCGAUAUGUGCUUCCUCAAAUCCGCUACUACAAAUGGACCCCCGGCGACUCUUCUCCCUUCCGCUUCUCUUGGAUUUCCCUUGACCGCAGCGACUCACCCGACACCCUUAUGGUGGGCGAGUUUGUGCGCGAUGGAGAAACUUUCGAUGACGCCAACAAAACGCCAGUCCCUAUCCGCUAUGUGAAAUACAAUCUGGAUGCUACCACCCGGCGGCUGCGCACCGACGAUAACGGCAUCGCUACCGCAAGCUGGGCGCACUGUGUCAAUAUACCCAACGUGCAGGGUGCUGUUUCGAAGACGGCGACAAAACACCAGGGGUGGUUCAUGGCUGGAAAUGAAGAUCUCAGCUUCAAUCCUGUUCGCAAGGAGUAUUACACUGUCACUGAGUAUGAUGGAGAUCGGUAUAUUCUGGCCUAUAAGGUCUAG